AUGAUUUCUCUAUCAUUGGACCGCAGAAACUUACACCUUUACAUCGAGUACCCAAAUACACUCGUACUUACGGCUCCCCCGUUUUUGUGUACUGCAAAAGAUCUUCCUGAUAUUGUUUUCACUGCAAAUGCUGGAAUUGUACGAGAAAAGAAAGUCUAUCUUGCAAAUUUCACAAAUGAACAACGUAAACCCGAAUGGAAAAUCAAUGAAAAGUGGUUUAAAGAAAAUGGAUUCACGACGUUUUUCAACCCAGAGCUUGCGCACGAAGGUACCGGUGAUGCACUUUGGAUCAACCAUGGUAAGGUACUAUUGGCUGGUAUUGGUCCUCGGUCGGAUCCACGAGCUCUGGACGAUAUAAAAAACAAGCUGAAAUCGGACGGCGACGAUUUCAUGGUAUUAGCUGUAAAGCUAAUUGAUCCACGGUCUGUGCCAUCCAACUUUAAUUUUCAACCUCUUUCCUCACACCUUUUUGGAGCCAAGUAUGGCUUAUUUUAGUC